GAACCCCUUGGACUAGUUGGGCUGGAGGAUGAAAACAAACCAGCGACUGGCGUUGUGAGCCUCAGUGUGUGGCGUUACCGUAAGCCAGAUUGUGCUUUGGUCGCCUCUGCAGAAGACAACGUAAUUACAGGGAAAACACACCAGCGAAGGAUAACAUCCACCUAAUAAGUAAGUCUAGUAUGGUGAAGGCCCACCAGAGCUAGUUAGGGUUUGGUGACCCUUUUUUGGAGUAUCCGAGUAUUUUUGAACAAGUAGAGUUGCUUCAGAGUGUAAGAUUCUGAUCAUUCCUGAAGGGUUGCCAAGUGGAAGCAGCAGUUUUCAUCUCAUUGGCAACGGUCUGUGGAGGUUGACAACAAUGACUAGUCGUGCCAUUGCUCACCGGCGGAAAUGGGCCCUUGACCUGGCUGGGAAAAGGGGAGAGCGGGGGAAUGAGAAUCUGCCAGCACCUCCAGGCUACCGCAGCUCUGUAAGUCAAGUCCAUGCCGAGGCCAACAGGCAGGGCGACCCCAACCUAGUCAUCAAGAAGGCUUGGGACACAGCCCUCAGUCCUCUCAAGUCUGUGCCAAUGAACCUGUUCCUGAUGUUUAUGGCAGGGAACAGCAUUAGCAUCUUUCCAAUAAUGAUGGUAGGCAUGAUGCUGCUACGACCAAUCAAGGCACUCUGGGCCACCAGUGCCACCUUUAGGACUAUUGAGGGUGUCCAUGCUGGUCUUCAGAAACUGAUCUACCUGCUGGGAAACCUCGUCAACGUUGGCUUGGCCCUGUACAAGUGUCACAGCAUGGGUUUGUUGCCGACCCAUGCCUCAGAUUGGCUGGCAUUCCAGGAGCCAGCUAUACAGAUGGAAUUCUCACAUGGAGGCAUGGUGUUGGCUUAGGCUGAGUUAAGAGACAAGCACCUGGACACCUAGGUCAUGCAUAAGAGAUUUGUGCUGAUGAUGAGUGUUCCUUACUUUGUCCAGAAGGUAUUGUUUUCCUGGCUUAGUAGGUUAUACAAAGAUGGAAUUGAUAAGAUAGUCCUACAUUCCCCCUCAUCCCCCUUUUUUUUUUUUUUUUUUUUUUCUUUCUCAUAUUUUUCAGUUGCCUUCACUCUUAAUGAUUGCAGAGUUGGGUUUGGCAAGUGAGGUCUACCUCAUUAAGUUGUUCUCACUAAGUAUUUCAAUGUUUUCUACCUGUAUUAGCUUGAUGGGGGUCAUAUUUUUACUUUUUUCUCAGUAAAAGAAGCCAAAGUCAUAAAUCAGCAAUACAUAUUUCUCCACUUACCAUAUUUAGCAUAUCCAAGCUAACAUGUUCACAUUUGUUGAUGGAAAGUUUUAAAGUACUGUAUCAGUGGAUCUGUAGUUCUUAUUACUAAAUUAUUCUUGCUUUGAAAUUAGCUUGUCUGUCAUGGGAAUAUCAUCUCUUUAUUAGAGCUAAAUCUUAGAUUUAUGUUGUAAUGUGAAUGUUAAGUGUGUUAUUGAAAUGAUGAGAGAGAGAGAGAGAGAGAGAGAGAGAGAGAGAGAGAGAGAGAGAGAGAGAGAGAGAGAAAAUGCAAUUUAUGUUUAUUCAAUCUUUUGAAAUUUUAUCUGCCUCAAGAAUUAAUAAAGCUGAUGGGUUUUUAACACUUUUAAUAUUUAAUGAUUACAUCUUUUGAUAUUAUGAUAUUAAUUAUCGUUGCUGUAUUUUUUUUAUUUUUUGAACAGAUACAUUACCUAUGUUGUUAUUAUUUUUUUAUUUAUUUAUUUAUUUUUAUUUAUUUUUAUUUAUUUAUUUUUACUGAAAUAUUGCUUUCUUUCUUUUUCUCCUUUUUUCUAAAUACUAAACUUACUUAGCAGUUUGAGUCUAAGUGAUGAGUAGUGGUCAUGAUCAUGGUGUUAAUAGGUAAUGCCAGACAAAGAUUUCUCCCAACUUUGGUUCAUCAUGCAUCUCUCUUCAUCUCUUAUACUUUUUAAAGGAGUCUGUCAUCUCAUGCACUAAAACUACAACUCAUGAUUAAUCCAACUUUGCAUAGACAUGAAAAAUGUCAUUCUUUUCCCUUCCCCAUCCUAUGAUCUGCUUACUCUAACCUUAUUUGACCAGUCCUGGCUUACUUUUUUUCCACUGAUUAUCAUUAAUUCAUUCAAUCAAACUGUUAAAAUUUCAUAACUAACAGUUCAUAUUGAUACAUCUGCUCUUUUAAAUACAGUUGAAGAUAUUCUUGAUGCCAUUGUUGUUAUUAACUAUUUGCCAAAUGUCACAGGAGUUACUGUGCAAUAAGAUAUCAUCUGCAGUUCUUCCUUGCACAUGUUAGAAAUGUCUCACACGGACGUGUGGUAUGCAAGUAUGAACCAUGGAAGCUUCCUUAUUCUGGAUGUCCCUCUUUACAUGAGGAGAUAGCAACAGGAAUCCUCAUGACAAACUUGUAUUACACACACUGCCUAUGGCUCAUUCUUACCAACACCAUAAUUAUAACAGGUCCA